UGUUUUAACUCUCAGCUGACUGAGGGUUCCUCACCGCCUUAAUGAACAAACACAGAUAAGAAUGCAGCCCCCCCCUUCUUCUGUGUGAGGGUCAGGUGACAGUUCUUUUUAGAGACAUUUCUUACAAAAUGAGAAGAAGGAAAACUGAUGCAAACGGAUACCCUGAACAAUGAGGUCAUAGUUUUUGUUCAUUUUUAUUUUUACACACUGUAUAAGGAAUUGUUUGGGCUGUAAUGGUCUGCGUAAUGACAGCCAAACCUUUUAUUCUAAAAGAUAAUAAAUCAGUCUGUAAAUAAAACCUUCUUACUGAGAUAUUUUUAAACAUCAGUGAACCUGCAUGGAGACGGUCUGCGCACUCUUCCAUGUCUCAGCUUGAACUCAUAGAAUGUCAUUUCAAGUGUCACUUUGACUUCUAAUGAAUUGUUUGGUUUAUUCGUGCAUGUUUUUUUAUUAUUGUUCUGUUGGAAUCAAAAUAUUAUCAUCUGUGAUUUUAAAGUUUUGGAUUUCUUUUGGAUUUAUUUAAUUUAUUUAAAUUUAAAUUGUUGCAAAGUUCAAGCUUCAUUUAUCUAGAAAUGUGUCUGUAGACCAUGAAGAAAAAAACAGAUACAAAGUGUUACUUUAUCAGAGGAAUAGUUUUAAAUAUUAGUGUUAGAACCUCUCUGAUCUCCUGACGCUGCCCAGUUUCUGCCACGCAUCAUUAAAGUCCGCUCAUGCGCGCAGCUGUGCGCGCCCGGACAGCAGGAGGUGUCGCAUCAAGCGGGACUCCUCUGUUCCGGACAGAAUGACAGAGCUGCUGAGCCUCAACUCCACGUCCCCCUCGAACUGGUCUGCGGAGGAGAACCGGUUCCGAGUCCUGGAUGAGCUGGAUUUACCGGCAGAGGGCUCUGUGAACGUGCGCAUCUUGGUCUGCGCCGUGUAUGCGCUGGUAUGCGUCACCGGGCUGGCUGGAAACCUGUUGGUGUUCGUCCUGAUGACCACGCGCAUGGCCAGGAGAAAGUCUUCAAGCGUGAACCUGCUCGUCUGCAAUCUGGCGGUCACAGACUUCCAGUUCGUGCUGACUCUGCCAUUCUGGGCGGCGGAGACGGCGCUGGAUUUCAGCUGGCCGUUCGGGGACGCCAUGUGCAAGAUUGUGCUGUCAGUGACCGUGGUCAACAUGUACGCCAGCGUCUUCUUCCUCACAGCCAUGGGCGUCACUCGGUAUCUGGCCGUGACCUCCGUGCUCCAGAGAAGCCCCCGGCGGUGGGGCUGCGCGGUGCGCUGGGUGGUCGCUGCGCUCUGGGCCUGUGCCCUGCUCGCGGCGCUGCCUACCGUCAUCUUCUCCGCCGCGAGGAGCGUCUCCGGGGAGCAGCUGUGUCUCCUCAGCUUCCCGGCGGGUCCAUCGUGGUUGGCGCUGCACCACCUUCAGAAGGUCCUGGUGGCAUUUUUGAUCCCCAUGCUCGUCCUGACGGUGUGCUACCUGCUGCUGCUGCGCUCUUUGCGCCUCCGCAGCAGGCAGCGGAGGCGCGGCUCCACGGUCACGCGCUCGGUUACCGUCGUGGUGCUCUCGUUCUUCAUCUGCUGGAUGCCGAAUCAGGCCAUAACUUUCUGGGGAGUUCUGGAGAAACUCCACGUGGUUCGCCUGGACAAGACAUAUUACUUCGUGCACACGUACGUGCACCCGCUGAGCGUGUGCCUUGCGUACACCAACAGCUGCCUGAACCCGCUGCUGUACUGCCUGAUGCGCCCGGACUUCCGGGAAAAGAUGAGGGAGCUGUUCUGGAGGCGUUUGGGGCCAACGCCCGGGACAAGUGGAGUGGAGCCGGGGGGGCGGGCCGCCGUCCCGCUGAACAACGACAACUCCCAGCUCUCCGGUUCAAUUGCGCGCAGCCACACGGAUGCGCUCCAGAGGCUGAGCCGGCUCUGACUGCAGCGCGCAGCCUCCAGCUUCUGUCAACACUGUGAUGACAUUUGCGAUCAGAUUCAUUAGUUUAGUGAUCAACAAACAUUAGGGCGUUUCAUGGCAUUCAUUUCAUAGGUUCAUUCAUGAACUGCAGGGAAAACGUCGUAAAUGAUUUUCCUUGUUUAUAGCUUCAUGCUUAAGGAACUUGUCUAUGAAGACUCAUUCAUCCAGGUUGAUUCCAUCAUAGUAGUAGGUUUAGAUGCUGUCAUCUGGACUUAGUUAUUAAAGUUAGAAUUCUAAGUACUAAGUCCAGAUGACAGCCCCUAAACCUACUAUUGAGUUUAGGAAAUUAGAACAUUCAUAACCCGCAGGCGGGUUUUUUCUGUACUCAUUAGUUCUGUAGCUGACUCUCAGGAUCUUUCUGCUCCUUUACUGUUACAGUGGAUUCGAUUCCAGCUUUAAUUUGGGAUCCAUCUCAAAGAGAGCAGAUUACACCAUUGGUGAAAACCUGCACCAGGGCGGUUGGGUGAAGACUCACCAGCUUUACAAAUAGGACUUGAAAGCUGCAUAUGUCUCGUAUCAAACAAAACAUUGCAGAUCAAGCUGCUUUACCAAUAAACUGUUGAUUCCGUCCUCUACAGCUUGAUUUGCUAUUGUCUUUGACUUACCAAAUGUAAAUUAAAAACAUCAGAGCAACUCACGGACUGUCCUUAGUGAAGGACAGAGUUUAUUACAUGAAUGAGGAAUAUUGUGCAGUGUUCUUUUUUAACUGGCAUAAAUAUAGGAAAAGCACAUUGAAUCAAUGUUUCAAUUAAUCGUCCCUUGGCUUUAUAAAACCAUUCUCUGUGAAGGUCUCCUCGUGCCUGUGACUCAGAACCACACAGAUACAUUAACUGUUUCUCUGAGCUCUGGUUGGGUUUUUUCAGAAACGUUGGUAAUGGAAACAGAUAUUCCCCAAAUGACAAAACUCAGACUGGAAAUCUUCAAGUUCAGCAGCGGUCAGUUUUUUAGAUCCAUGGUUCCAUGCUUUUAUUUUAGCUUUCUGCCUGACAAAAAGCUCUUUACCUCACAUUUUGCUUUUUAAAUACCUUACCCUGCCCCAAAUUUUUUUUAUUUCCUGGGUUGGGGGUUAGUCAUAGGGGUGGGGUCAAAAGGUCACCUGUUAAACUAGUGUGAUGAAAAGGGAUUUGUUUAUUCCCUCUAAUAAGCUAACAGGCGGGACAGUAAUGUUUCAAUUAAAUCUUCAGUCUGCACUGUGGGUUCAGUUCAAUUCAAUUUUAUUUUAUUUAUACAGCCCAAAUUCACCACAACAGUCGUCUCAAUGGGCUUCG